UACUUAAUAAUUUGUAUUUCUUUUUUAAAAAGUUAUUUUUAGGUCGAUCGAUCUGUUAUUUCAUUAUAUCUAUUGUAUAUAAAAUUGAAAUGUAUCAUAUAUGGACUGAUGUUUAUACCCAAGUCAUUAUAAUAUUUAUACAUUACUUACAGAUCACAAAAAAAGGUUUUUGUUAGUACCAACACGUCAGAAUUCAACAACUUUACUUUUUUAAUACCAGGCGAUUCUCGCAGUGACUCACAGACCUCCUUCCCAGACAGAUUGAUUUCAAUCUUCGGCAUCUGGAAUCAAAAACAAACAAGCUUUUAUAGGAGGGCAAAAUUAAUGAUAAUAGGAUUUGAUAAUGCCGGGAAAUCAACAUUACUGUCUCUGCUGAAACACGGAAAACUGGUUCAACAUUCGCCCUCGCUCCACCCAGGUAAUUCUACAGCUCUGGAGAACAUAACACUGGAUGGCAUAGGUUUCACCGUAUAUGAUUUAGCAGGUCAUCGAAUAGGCAAAAAAAUCUUGAGUAAACAUCUCUCCACCAUAAUAAAUGCAGCUGUAUAUGUUAUUGAUGCAACAGACAAAGAAAGGAUUUUAGAGGUUAAAGCGGAACUAAAGGAAAUAUUAGCUUGUGAAAUACCACCAGACAUUCCUGUGGCCAUAUUGGGGAAUAAAACUGAUAAAUCCGGCUGCUAUGGUAUGGAGGAGUUAAUACAAGUCCUUGAUUUACAACAGGAGCUAAUGUCAAAUCAAGAAAACAACAAAUCUGAUCGACAGUGCAAACUCUUUAUGACUAGCAUGGUGAAUGGUCAAGGUUACGAUGACGCUGUUCGGUGGCUAACAAAAUAUAUAAAAUAAAUUCGCGGAAAGCAUUAGACUUCCUUAAAGUCUCGUUUAAAGUCAGCAUUUUGCAAAUUCUAUGGUCGCUUAAAUGAUCUGUGGUUUGCAAAUACAUGUACGGGUUAUCACUGGAUCGAAUCCUGUCAGACGUGUUCAUUACCGGUUGUUAAACUGAUUAUGACUACGGAUACAUGUAAUUCCAUUUACCCGAUCAGGAUCUAGGGAUCACGGCGGGCGUGACAGGUCAACAGGGAAUCCUUAUUCCUGCAGAACUCACCUCUUGUAUGCCUAGGGGUCUGUGUUUGUUCUUCUCUUUAUCGGAUUUAAGACAUUUAUCUUCACUCGUUUAUCAUGUUUGAAAAUCAUUGAUUCACUGUAUAUUUUUGUGUUAAAAAAUAAAACGCAAAACCAAUUGU